GCUCUUUUCUCUCCGUGGGUACCGUGAAAUGAAAAAGAAACUUUGUGCCUUUUCACCCAUCUUCUCUCCCUAAAACAUUUGCUUCAAGAGUGAGGAUGAAGGUAAUGGCGUUGUUGGAGUCAAGAGGGUAAGAAAGACGGAAGAAGAAGCAAAGAACAGCCAUCUGAAAGGCGAGAACAAAAACAAGAAGAAUUGAAAGUUGGUAGAAACCAGCCUUUGUGGGGGCAUUUGAAACCAGAGUUCGAGGUCUUUUUUUAUUUAUUUCUGGAGCAGAAAAACAUUCUCAGAUCUCUAGGAUCUCAGAAUUUCAGGGAAGGGAGCGAGGAGGCGAGUUGGAGCUUGGAUGUUCUUGUUCGUUUCUCGUGAAGAAAAGAAAUUCCCUCUGCUUUUCCUAUUCUUCCCCAUCUUAGUAAUUCGAUUGGGAAAGCAGCUAACUAGUGGAGAAGCGGGGGAUUCCCGGCGGAUUGUGGGAACGCUGGCCUUAUGCCUUAAAUGGGUUCUAGAGCUUGAGUAAGAAAAAGGAGAAGCAAGUUGGGAAGGUUUGGUUUGGAUAAGAGGGUAAAGAAUUGUAGUGGGUCGAGCAAAAAAGGAUGGCUUGUCGGGUUGGUGGCUGUGGUUGAUUGAUGAGAGUGUCGUGGUUGUGGCAGGCAGAGCGAAGGGGGCGAAGAAUAGGAGUGACAAAAUUUGGUGGAACUGUGAAGGAAGAAAGAAUAUGGAAGGAAGGUGUUUCAGGAUUUGGGAGUUUGGAUUUCUGGUUUUGGCAUUAAUGGAGAUAUGCUCUGCAACUCUCUCCCCUACAGGCAUUAACUAUGAAGCAGUGGUUGCUUUGGUUGCCAUUAGGAAUGCUCUACACGACCCCUACAGUGUUCUGGAUAACUGGGAUGCCAAUUCAGUGGAUCCUUGUAGCUGGAGGAUGGUUACUUGCUCAUCAGACGGUUAUGUAUCUGCUCUGGGACUUCCCAGUCAGAGCUUGUCUGGCACCUUAUCACCUUCAAUUGGGAACCUUACUAACUUGCAAUCAGUGUUGCUGCAAAACAAUGCUAUUUCAGGCCCCAUCCCCAGCACAAUUGGGAAACUAGACAAGCUUCAGACGCUUGAUCUGUCCAACAAUUCGUUUUAUGGCGAGAUACCGGCUUCCCUAGGGGAUCUCAAGAACCUUAAUUACUUGCGCUUGAACAACAACAGCCUUACUGGAUCUUGUCCUCAAUCUCUGUCCAAUAUUCAAGGGCUUACCCUUGUGGAUAUCUCCUUCAACAACUUGAGUGGUUCACUGCCAAGAAUAUCAGCAAGAACCUUCAAAGUCAUUGGCAACCCUCUAAUUUGUGGACCUAAGGCUGAGAACAACUGUUCUGCUGUGUUUCCAGAGCCCCUUUCUCUCACACCUGAAGGAUUCUCAGCUGCAUCAGAUGCUACGUCAACCAGUCACCAUGUGGCCAUUGCUUUUGGUGCAAGCUUCGGUGCUGCAUUUGCCAUUAUACUAAUCAUGGGAUUGCUCGUAUGGUGGAGAUAUAGACACAACAAGCAGAUUUUCUUUGAUGUGAAUGAGCAAUAUGAUCCUGAGGUGCGGUUGGGACAUUUGAGGAGAUACACUUUCAAGGAGUUGAGGAGUGCAACUGAUCAUUUUAGUGCGAAGAACAUCCUAGGAAAAGGCGGGUUUGGGAUUGUUUACAAAGGAUGCUUCAAUGAUGGGAGUGUUGUGGCUGUUAAAAGGCUUAAGGACUACAAUGCAGUUGGUGGCGAAAUUCAAUUCCAAACAGAAGUAGAGACGAUCAGUUUGGCUGUCCAUCGCAACCUCCUCAGGCUCUCUGGGUUCUGCACUACUGAGAACGAAAGGAUUCUGGUUUACCCCUACAUGUCUAAUGGCAGUGUUGCAUCUCGGUUAAGAGAUAACAUCCAUGGCAGGCCAGCUUUGGAUUGGGGAAGGCGUAAAAAGAUAGCUUUAGGCACAGCAAGGGGGCUGCUUUACCUACACGAGCAAUGUGAUCCAAAGAUCAUCCACCGGGAUGUUAAAGCUGCCAAUAUUUUGUUGGAUGAAGACUUUGAGGCUGUUGUUGGGGAUUUUGGGCUAGCAAAGCUGCUGGAUCACAGAGAUUCACACGUAACCACUGCUGUGCGUGGCACUGUUGGGCAUAUUGCUCCAGAAUACCUGUCUACAGGUCAGUCGUCGGAGAAGACAGAUGUCUUUGGAUUCGGGAUCCUGCUCCUCGAGCUGAUAACAGGCCAGAAGGCAUUGGAUUUUGGAAGGGCAGCACACCAGAAGGGUGUAAUGCUUGACUGGGUCAAGAAGCUUCAUCAGGAAGGGAAACUGCAAGUGAUGGUGGAUAAAGAUCUGAGAGGCAAGUUUGACAGGGUGGAGCUGGAAGAAAUGGUCCAAGUUGCGCUGUUGUGCACUCAGUUCAACCCUCUUAACCGCCCAAAAAUGUCUGAGGUACUAAAGAUGUUGGAAGGAGAUGGGUUGGCUGAGAAAUGGGAGGCGGCAUCUCAGAACCUCGAAACUCCAAGGUUCAGAACAUGUGAGUACCCCCUUCAAAGAUACUCCGACUACAUUGAAGAAUCUUCGCUCGUCGUAGAAGCAAUGGAGCUUUCUGGUCCACGAUGAUUGGCGAACACCAAGACACAAAUUUCGCCAGAAAGAAAACUGCAGCAAUGCACGUCAGAGCUCUCUCAUUUUCAUUCUGUACAAACCUGUUUCUUUUCUUUCUUGGGAAGGGGAGGCGAGCGGCUGGUAUUCCACGAGAGAUCAGAGUAUGUCCAAAGAUUUAAGGAAAGGAAAAAAGAGUUGUAGAGGCUUGAAAAUGUGAUGCUGGUGGUGUCUAGUCAUUGCUGUUGAUGACAUCGCGGUGUGUAAUUCAUCUGUAAAAAGAACUAAUUUGUGGCUUCUUUGACUAGAAAUCAUGUUUGGCUUCUUUGACCAGAAAUCGUUGAAGGCUGUUGUUCCUGUUAUCAGUAGAUUGAUCAAUGCCGGGGAGUGCAAAUUUCCAAGGGCUUUGCAACAUGCAAAGCAAGACCAUACCAUCUUAUAGACAAUUGGUUCCAAUACAAGACUCAAUCAUAUAUGGAG